CUUAACACGUCAUCCAAACUGGGACUGCAACAUCUUCACUAAAACCAUGGUAUGGCAAUUCUCUUGGCUGCUUCUUGCAGCAACUGUCCAAGCGGCCUCUUUGUCCCUUCAGUCCCCUCGUUUCACAAUUAGCACGCCAGAUGCGACCCAGCUGCGCUCGGACACCCUGUCCCUGACCGAAAAACCAGAGCCUUUGACUCUUGGCCCAACUGACACUCUUAAGCUCACGUUCCAGAUAACGGAAAGUGAUGAGGGCAAGGGUGUUCAGCCGCACCAAACCUUCCUCCGAUUCUAUGACAAGGCAUCGGGCGAGGAGGGCAUCCAGCCUGUUCGUGUGACCCCAGGAGGAAAGGCUAAAUUUGAGCUGAACAUGGUGCGCCCACCUGCGUCCAUCCCGCCAACUACGCACAACCCCCUUGAGGUCUCGCUUAUUCUGGGCUCCUUCGUGCACGCACCUGCACAAUACGACCUUUUUGAGCUCUACCUACCUGCCUCCCGAACUCCUGAACACCCGGAUGAAGCCUCGUUCCAUGUCCUCCCCGCCAUCAAGCAUACCUUCCGCCCUGAACAAAAGUCACCUCCUCAGUUUGUCUCUGCCGUAUUUGCAGCGACUGUACUGUCGCCUUGGCUCGUGUUGAUCGGACUGUGGAGUAAAAUUGGCGUCAAGGUCCCAAACCUCUUUUCACUCAGUAUCAUACCCUUCACUGCCCUCCUGGGCGCCUUUGAAGUGCUACUUGUCUGGUAUUGGGUAGAUCUCAAGCUUGGUCAGGUGCUUCUGUACGGAGGUAUCCUUGCCAUUCCAACCGUGUUCGCUGGUAAGCAAGCUCUGUAUGCGACUGGAGAGUGGAGAGCCGGUCGGAAGUAAACGUUGCAUACUUGUGACUUUGUACCGUCUUAAUCACAGCGUCCUUGGUACCUAUCGUGGCUUUCCCCUAUGGACAGACAACACACUUAGCAUUAUGAGGACAUGUAGGCAAGUGCAGCUUGCCUUUUCCAUCAAGGAGACUAUCGCCCUCUAUGCCCCUUGCCUUAAAUAAAAUUUGGUAUCAAUAUGUUUGACGCCUGCUGGCGUUAAACACCGUUGCUGAUCAGAUUGCAGAUGUACAUACAAACAUG